GUUUCUGUGCUCGAGAGGCAGAUAUUUGACUUCCUUGGUUAUCAGUGGGCACCUAUCCUGGCAAAUUUUAUACAUAUUAUUGUAGUCAUACUUGGCUUAUUUGGAACCAUCCAGUAUAGACCUCGUUACAUAACAGGAUAUGCUGGCUGGCUGGUUCUUUGGGUUACGUGGAACGUGUUUGUUAUCUGCUUCUAUUUGGAGGCUGGGGACCUUUCAAAGGAAACAGACCUCAUUCUGACCUUUAAUAUCUCAAUGCAUCGUUCUUGGUGGAUGGAGAACGGGCCAGGCUGCACCGUGACCUCAGUAACCCCAGCACCAGACUGGGCACCAGAGGAUCAUCGUUAUAUCACUGUCUCGGGGUGUUUUCUUGAAUAUCAGUACAUAGAGGUGGCUCACAGUUCUCUUCAGAUCUUCCUUGCACUGGCAGGCUUCAUCUAUGCCUGUUAUGUUGUGAAGUGUAUUACUGAAGAAGAGGACAGCUUUGACUUCAUAGGUGGAUUUGACUCUUACGGCUAUCAAGGUCCACAGAAGACAUCUCAUUUACAACUACAGCCCAUGUAUAUGUCAAAGUAAACAUGGGGACUACCCAAGGUGGGCUGGAAGACCACUGUCAAAGAAACUGUUUCAGAAUGGCCUCCUGAUUCUUCAAAGAGAAAAAAAUCCAAUUUUUCUGCUAAAAGAAAAAUAUAAAAGCUGAUUGAACAGUGAGACUGAAAACAAGAGACUUUCAGCCCCUCUUUCUAACAGGUACUAAAGGAGAUGCCCCAGACCCCCACCUUGGACCUCCUGCCUCCCAGCACCAGAGGGACAGAGCAGAGGCAUUGGUGACAUCUUUUAUCUCUUCCCUAUCCCGGCCACCGCCAGUGUGACCCAUCUGGAUUAAGACAUGAACUCGGUGCUUCUGGAGACUCCUUCACACUUCUGGCUGCAUCGAGUCUCCUUAGUCAACACGACACUGAAAUACCAGGAUGACCUUGCAGCAGAAGUCAAUAGACAGCGUGUUGUUUGCCCUGAAGGCUGUACAGUUCAUACUUGCCUUAACCCAACUGCAUUGCACAUUAGAGAAACUACGUGCAAGCUUUCUGAAGUUAACAUGCUGCUGUUAAUUCUGAACAAUUUCUAAGUCAGUGGUUUUCUUCUGUUUGGUUUUGCUUUGUUUUGGUGUCAGGGAAUAAGGCUCUGUUGCUCUAUGGCUCCAGAGCGACCAAGUAGAAAACUGCCAGCUGUCUGAUAAGUGCUUUACUUUUGAGACUCCACAGUGGUCAAGAAACAGUUUAUAAUGAUUAAAAAGAAAAAGAAAGAAAGAAAUAAGACCUUUGGGGGGUCAGGGUGAGGAAAGGGGUAACAUAAACUAAUAAUUGAACCUACUGGAAAUACGCAGCAGAAAUAGUUCUUUAAUCCCACUGGUUUUGUUUAUCGCACUAUAGGUGCUUUUAUAGCUAUCUCUAAACGUCUUUUACUAACUACAGAGACAUCUGCAGAUUUCUAUCAACAAAGGCCAACUGAAUAUGUACUAGCUACGUUCAGUCUUUUAUAUCUAAUUUCAACAAAAAAUUCUCUGUAAGUGAGCUUUUUUUUUCCUAAUUGCACCAUAAGGGAUUCACAUAUUUUAUUUUUUGAUUUCAGUUGGAGAGGGCAAGGAGGCACUAGUUGAGUUGAAGAAAUAUUGAAGACCUUUUUGGGGUAUAUUUGGGGGAUCUGUUCUGUGUUAGAAUGUGUAUUUUAUCUUCCUGUAUUAUUGUGGCUGAAAAAAAAAAACCUGUGCUGUUACGUAGUUGGCAACAAGAUGCCUUUGGGAAUUUUGCUAGUAGGUCAAUGUGUAUAUGAAAUACUCUGAACUCCUAGGAACAUAUGUUUUAUUCUACAGCUGAUCUGUAUUUUCAAGAACAUAGGUGGCUUUCACUAGGAAAACCCAAUACUUUGCUCAGGUUUUUCAGAAACUUGGAUUGUCAUUGUUUCUUUGCUCAGACCUUGCAUAGACAAACGCACGCACCUACCACACCUGAGGUGACCACGUAGGUUUUGAGGGCAAGAGGAAAGGCCAACACUUGGAAAAGCUUGAGGUACACCUGAGCAACUCCCUUUUCCUUGCUGGCCAAGGCCUUGCUCCAAAGGCCUGUGUGCUCACACCACUCACUCAUUCCUGUACAAACCAGUGCCCUUUGCUGUGUCUGCAUGGAUGUACAGUGUCACAAGCAGCAACUCUGGACAGUGACAGAGGGACAGUGAAAGCAAGAUAUGGGACAUGUUCAGAAGCUAUGCUUACAUUGAUUCAGUGAGAUUUAUAUAGAUAGAUAUAUAUAUAUAUGUAAGUGUGUGAAUGUGUGUGUAUGUCUAUGUAUAUAAAAUACGCAGGAAUAAUUAUUGUUGGGGGCUGCAUCACCCAGGAAGAUUCUGAUGCAGUGGACCAAGGGCUCCUGUCUCAGAUACUGCUGGGAAUUUCCUGCAUGAAACAGGCACAUACCCUAGGCCUGAUCCCAUAAAGCAUUCACUGCUGAUUUGGAUCUCAAAUUUAAAUUUUCAUACUUGGGGACCUGAAAUUCUGAAUUCAUUCUGGAUAGAGCUGCUUUUCACCCCCUGGAAACCCCAUGCAACUUCCAAGUGCCAGGAUGAAAUUUCCCAUAACUUGAAAAAUUUCAAAAGUUUCUACUUUUAUGUAGUAUUAAAUAUAGCAGAUGUAUAGAAUUAAACAUAACAUAGAGGUUUAAAUGGAAUGAAAAUGUCAUAACAGGUUCUUUUAUCUUUCCCUGUAUACCAGUUAAUCAAGAUGAUAUUUCUAUAAAAAUCGCUUUUUAACAUGAAAAGAAACCAGUUUAGGCACCUAAGCAGCAAUCCAAUUUUCAGACGAUAAUUUUUCAUACCUCUCAGUGAUUUCCCAUGGAACAGCAGCUACUGCUAGUUAGCAAUUUUAGAAGUCAGACAAUUUAAUGAAGUGUCUACAUGUAGUUUAUAGGCCUGAUUUUAAUUUAGAAAAUUUUGGCCUUAGUUUCUCUGUGUCUUAGUCUUCCCAUCUAUAAUACGGGAAUAAUAUGUGCCUCACAGGCUUUUUGUGAGGUCUGAAUUGUUAAUGUUUGUAAAAUGCUUAGGAAAUAGGAAGCACAUCUAAACUACUACAGAUUGCAAUAUAAAUGUGUAUUCAUAUAUUACAUAUAGAGUAGAUACACACACUCGCUUACACACAGUAUACAUAUAUAUAUACGCAUACUUACCUAUAUGAAGUUGGUAUUCAUAACCCUGCUUAAAUUGCAGUUAGAGCACCACCAUUUAAAAAAUUAGGACUGUUGACUACUCAACUAAAUGAUUAGUGGACAGAUCUCUUCUGGAAGCAGUUUAGAGCACAGUAAUGUGAGAAUAUCUGGAUGGCACUUUUGAUUUGUACAGCUGUAUCCUCCUCAAAAUCCAGUAAAGAAUGUUAUUUUUCUAGGCUGGGCUUUUGUUAUAAACUAAAAUAUUCAGAAGGCAAGAGAUACAAUCCAAAUGUGGUUUUUUUUCUUUUCUUUUCUUUUUGGCAUUUGUUAAUUCUGAAUGUAUUUUUAACAAAAGUGAUUUUUUUGACUUACUAGUGUAAUUUGCAUUUUAAAAAAAAUAAAUGGAAAAAAUAUAGGUUUCCAAGCUAUUCAUGGCCCCCUGCUGCUAUUCACAACUUACGGGAAACUUAGAAUUACUGUUACCAGCUGAGCAACAAUGCAGGAUAAAUAAUCCUAUUACAUUUACAUGAUGACAAUCCUGAUCUCUGCAGUGCAUGGAUGUGACAGCACUGAAUAGAAAUUGCCAGGUCAUGACACCAUUUUAACACUGUCGUAUGUAGCAGGUAUUUUCAUUAUCACUGACACUAAAAGGUUUCCUUUACAAGGUUGACUGCAACAGACUCUUCACUUAGGAAGCAGGGCUGGUUUUGUGCACUCAUCAGGAAUUUUAAGCCUAUGAUACGUAUACAGUGGCCAACAGUGUUAAGUAUUACAAAAAUAAUCCUUUUUAAGAAGGAGCUAUGUAACAUGGAUAUUUCCACUGCAUUAAUAUUCUUUUAUAUGCCAUUUAUUGCCCCUACACUGAAAUGAAGAAAUAUUGUGAAAUGUUUAUAGAGUUCACACAUAUAUGCCUGAGGUAAUUUAAUAAAGGUGGAGCAGAACAGUAUACAUUUUGAGAUAGUCGGUCAUACUAUCUUAAGACAAGUCCUUAGAAAGAGAGUGUAUUAAUUAAUGUCAUUAGGAUUUUUUUAGGCCUUCAUUAUAGUGCAAGUGAUACUUUUCAAUCAAGUAGGGAGAAAAGAUUUGUGCUCCAUUUGCUUAAUUUAAGUUUGCAAUACUGUACUGUUGCACAGAAUUUUGGCAAAGUCUAGCACAGUAUGUAUUGAUUCCUGGAUGUCUCCAAAUAGGAAUGGCUAUUAACUCAGUGUCUGAAGGUUUUGAUCACUUGCACGCUUACCUUCUGUUUAAGAACAUUGAUAGUAGCCAGAGCAAAACUCCAUACACCAUGGACCCUUCCAGCCUGUAAUAUUUUCAUUGCCAGUCCUCUGUUCUAUUUUUAAAUGCAAAUGCUCAGAAGAUGAGGAUUUUUCCACAAAGAUGGAAAGCCCCAUGAAUAGUCUAUGGGUAUGUAUUGCUUGCUGACUGUCUACUGAUGAGUAGCUGAGGUGAAAUUGAUGGACUUUUUUUUCUAGCUAAUCUGAAUCUGGCUUCCCAGCACUUGUGGACUGGUGACAGACACUAAAGGUAAACCAGGUUUUAUUGAAGGACCAAUGCAUAGCAGUACUGCAAACAGUGCUCUGUCCACUUCUCCUUGGAGAAAGAUGUAGGCAGUUGUUAUGCUAAUUGGUCUGCUCCAAACUAUGUGCAAUAUUAAAUGUAAUUACCAUGCAUAAAAGCAAGUGCCCUUUAGACUGCAGUUACUCAUUCAUGUAUAGAAGUGGUGCAGCACAGAAUGAAUUAGUAAAAGAGCUUUUUUCCUGUAGUCACUAAUAUGCUUCAUUCCCAGACAUGGAUUGGAAAAAUUAGCUCUGUUUGAUCUCAUGUUCUGACAAGUUGCUCUGUUCAGAUCUUCACCAAAAGAGGCAAUUGCAGAUAGUUAGAGUUGUGACCUUUGCAUAGCUGAGAAGAAAGAUAUUGUACCAAAUGUGAAAUUCUAAGUAGCAUCAUAUAUACAUUUGUUGCACAUCUCUCUCCAUAUGUGCAAAAGAAGGGUCUUUUAAAAUGAACUUUUCCUUUAUCUCUCAGAAAUCAACUGAGACAGAUAAUGUCUUUCACAAGGGUCUUCCAAAUUCUGCCAAGAUCACUUCAGAGAUUUUUUGUCUUGCGUCCAAUAAAAGCACCGUCUUUUCUGCUCUCUGUUGAGUAUAAGACUUAGCUCUUGGGACUUCCAAAUGCCUUGGGAUUAUUAUUUUGGAUAGGUAGGAUCACUGUGAAACCUAAGAAUUAAAAAAACUAAUGUUUGUGGUUGUCUCUGAUUCAAAAUUAAUUCUUCUGUACAAAAGCCAUAUAUUUGCAUCCACCAGUGGAAAAGGGUCUUUGCUGCCACCUGAUACCUAAUCACUUUCCUAGCUUUGCCAUUGUCCUGCUGAGAAAUAGGCUAUGGGGAGCUAAACAUGAAGCAGCAUGUUCAUAUUCAGCAUGUGCUCUUCAAGAGUCUCCAGUUCUGCCACACAGAAUGCUAUUUCAUACGUAUUUAAUUUAUUUCUCCCUGUCACCACCUUCUUGUCCCAUUAUCACUCUCCCCAUCCUCCUGAACACAGUCCCAAAUAUUCUCCCAAAAUUACAUGCUUCUAUUUGGAACAUCUAUUGUUUCCAACUGUUUACAUAAUGAUGAUGAUAGUCAUGGAGGACAGUAUCACUGUGGAUAUCUGCAAAAUGACAAGAUGAGGAAGCACAAAGGUCCCAGAUGCAGGGAGACACUUAACAGAAGGGUAAAGGGCGGCAGCAUUACGGAAGCUAUGAGGUACGGCGAGUCCCAGUAGGAAUCAUUUUCACAUGUUCAAUUACAUUUGCCGAAGCUAUAGUUCAUUGAGCACGUAGACAGUCAUAAAUAUCCAGAGCUACAAAAGGCACAGGUGAACCGGAAGAAAAUUCUUAGAAAAUGUGUUUGUGAACAUGUUGACUGGAUUAGAUUCACAUUUCAAUCUCUUUGAAUUUCUCUCAGGGUUGUUUUUUCCUUCUUGCAAACAUUUGGAUGGUUGGUUUCUGUGCACGCAGGUGAAUGUUUGUUCCUAGGAGAGCGUGUACGUAUGUGCAAUUGAAUUCAUUUACAUGGGAUUCUCAGUAUCCAUGCAUCUAUGUGCUUUUGUGUAAACAUUGGCUCAGUUCACUCUGUCACACAUAUCUACACACAAACAUAUCUGUUAUGUGAGUAUAUUUUAUGGUGGGGAUACAAAGCCACCUACAGUUUCCCCCUCUUUUACAUAGUUUUUCCUAUCCCUCCUCUCAAGAGAUGCAAAGUCUCAAGUAUUUAUUUUUUAGAUGGGCAUUCAGUAUACAAAAAUUAUAAUUUCUGAUACUUACUGGAUGUACAAGCAUGGUGCAAUCUAUGAACACAGUAAAUAAGACAGUCCUUUCUGCAAAGAGUUUAUGUGUUAAAUAAAGUAAACAAAUGACAACAUUUUAAUUUAAAAAAAAAAAAGAAAAUA